GAGUGUGUGAACACAGCUGGCUCAUACCACUGUCGAUGUUCAGAUGGCUUUACUGGAGACGGAUUUACCUGCUCAGAUAUGGACGAGUGUGCUGAAGACGUGAAUCUGUGUGAAAACGGCCAGUGUCUCAAUGUUCCUGGCGGCUAUCGCUGUGAAUGUGAGAUUGGCUUCACACACACUCCAAACAGCAAAACAUGUCAAGAUAUAGACGAGUGCACCUUCCAGAACAUCUGUAUAUUUGGCACAUGUCAUAAUAUUCCAGGGAUGUUUCAUUGUGUUUGUGAUGACGGCUAUGAGCUGGACAGGACAGGUGGAAACUGCACAGAUGUGGACGAGUGUCUCGAUCCCGUCAGCUGUGUUAAUGGUCACUGUGAGAACACAGCCGGCUCAUACCAGUGUAACUGUCCCAUUGACUUUGAACUCAACCCCACUGGAAUCGGCUGCGUUGUGGAGUAUAACACAUUGUGUCCUGGAGGAUAGGGGUUCAAACUCAACCCCAUCACCAUCAUCCUGGAAGAUAUUGAUGAAUGUCAGGAGCUGCCCAGCCUGUGUCAGGGUGGAAACUGCAUCAAUACAUUUGGAAGUUUCCAGUGUGACUGU